ACUACAAUUCCCACUGAAACACGCCUACUUUUCAGCUACACAUGCGCAGUCGCAGGUUCUACUCUGGACAGCUGUAGGAGAAAAUGGCAGCACACAUGCUAGGACAGCAGGCCCGCCUGUUCAGUACGUCUGUUAUCAGACCAGCAGCUAAACUGGUUAAGCCUCCCAUUCAAGUGUACGGAGUGGAGGGCCGUUAUGCCACAGCUCUGUUCUCUGCCGCCAGUAAGCAGAACAAACUGGACCAAGUGGAGCAGGAGCUGGGGAAAGUUUCUACCCUGAUUAAGGACCCUAAGAUGUCUGGUAUUGUCAUGAAUCCUCAUGUCAAGCGCAGCAUCAAGCAGAAGGCUUUCCAUGAUGCCCUUGCCAAGGACAAAGUUUCCCCAAUCACUGUCAACCUCAUCAAUGUUUUGGCGGAUAAUGGUCGUCUUACUCUAACUGGUGAUGUUAUAACUGCUUUUGGCAAGAUGAUGAGUGCACACCGUGGAGAGGUCAUCUGCUCCGUCACCACUGCUCAGCCAUUGGAUGAAACUAAUCUUGCUGAACUGAAAGUAGCCCUUAAAGGCUUUCUUCAGAAGGGGGAAACUAUCAAGCUGGAAACAAAAUCAGAUCCUUCAGUCCUGGGAGGCAUGAUCGUCAGCAUCGGAGACAAAUAUGUGGACAUGUCCACUAAAACCAAGAUCCAGAAGCUGACCCAGCUAAUCAGGGAGACUUAAGUCCUGUGGACUUAAUUUUGCAAGCCCAAACAUAAAUGUUGCUAUUUGUCCUAGCACUGUGGUUGCUCCUUAAAUCCAGUGUCUGUGCUUAACCUUCUUAUAGAUGUUAAUAAAAACUACAAAAAACAGAA